AUGCGCACUUUCGUCCCCGGAUUCGCCGUGACGAAGAUGGCGGACGUUUCUCUGGACGAAUUAAUACGCCGACGCAAUUUUAACACCAGAGGAGGCCUUAAAAGGCCCACCUUCGGCAGAGGGGCGGGGCUAACAGGAAGAGGCGGCGGCUCAGCAGGCAGAGGGGCGGGACUUAUAGGCCGUACGUUUGACGCCCGUCAGAAGAUCGGCACGACUGACGUUAGACAGAGACUCGGAGGAUCCGGAGCGUUCCAGGUGAAGGAUGCGCGGGAGAAGCUGGGCCAGAAGGACGCGCGGUUCCGUAUCCAGUCCAGAGGGGGCGCCGUGAGCGCUGUGCAGGACGCCAGACAGACUAUAAACUCUCGUAAACAGCAGCAGGUCCAGGACGCCCCGUUAGCGAGCGCCGCCUCCCUGAGCCCCAUCCCACACAUCCACAUCCAGAACACUGUCACCGGUCCCGGCAGGGCCUUCCCCUCCAACACGGGGCUCGGCACCAGAGUGGGCGUGGCCAUACAACCCAGGGGCGGGAUCACCAAGGUGGUGGAUGCGCGUGAUAGGCUGAGCCUGAAGAGGAGUGUGUCGUCACUGCUGGGUCAGGGAGCUACAGCGCCGCUCAAGAUCACCAAAACUAUCCAGCAGAGGCCUGUCGGUAUGACCAGCGGGAUUCGCAUCAAUGUACCAAGCAAAGCAGCUCAGAGUGCUUCCACUGAGGAGGAGGAGGAGCCACCAGCUGUGGUUCCUAAUAAACAGUUAAAGUUCACUACAACCAAUGACCUGGUUCAGACACGGGUGGGCGGCGGUUUCUCUGUCUCUACUCCAAUCACCAAGGUGGUUAAGAAUGACUCGUACCAGGCUCCGCCCCCUGUCCCCUCCGUGACCGCCGCUGCAGUGGCCCCCACCCGCUCUACUCCCCGCCCACCUGCGCAGACUCCUGACAACUCCAGCGCUCAGCCUGCACAGCCGGUGUUCAGUCCAUUAGAGGGAACCAAAAUCACAGUGAAUAAUCUCCACCCGCGUGUCACAGAGGAGGACAUAGUGGAGCUGUUCUGUGUGUGUGGAGCGCUGAAGCGAGCUCGUCUGGUGAAGGUUGGAGUUGCUGAGGUCGUGUUUGUGAGGAAAGACGACGCCAUCAGCGCCUACAGGAAAUACAACAACCGCUGUCUGGAUGGUCAGCCGAUGAAGUGUAACCUGCACAUCCAGGGCAGCGUCAUCACGUCAGAUCAGCCCAUCCUGCUGAGACUGAGUGACUCCCCCGGUAAGAAGGACACUCCGUCCUCGGCCGUGACGCGCUCCACACCUCGCUCCAGCUCAGCUGAAGUCGAUCCUCAGACCAUCCUGAAGGCUCUGUUUAAAUCGUCUAAUCAGAGCUCAGCCACUACAGAGACUCCGCCCACUGCUGCAAACUCUACCGCCUUCCGCAUUAAGAUAUAAAAAACUCUUUAACCGUCUGCACCUGGUUCGAACACACACACACACACACACACACACACACUCUUUAUCGUACUGGUACGUGUCUGACUGCAGGUUUAAUCAGGCGGUUCUGUAAGACGCUUCUCAUCACACACACACACACAC